GCCUUCUCGCAUGGCACAUCCUGAUUGGUCCCACCAAAUAUCUUACAUCGUCUACAACAAUUGCUGAGGCUAAAAUUAGUGUAAAGGGGAAUGUCCCUAUCGUUUUUCUGACCUUAAACAGCAUACGUAUUCAACUAAUGCAGUCACGAGGCGCACACUGUGUUCAUAAUAACUCCGGAGAAGGUUUGGAUUUAAUGCUUGGUUAACAAAAUCGCUUGAUUUAACCGCUUGGUUAACAGAAGUUUGAGAAAGCAGGGUAAGGAACUAAAUAAUCAGUGACUGAAAUUAAUCAAUUGAUAUCACUAUCAGUUAGGAAUGAUCUUUCUUUGUGGAUUUUAUUGCCGAGCAUCCAGUUCUAGCCCUGCUGACUCAUCGUGUUCCGUAUAUCUGUUUUAGAUCAGUAUCUUAAUUUAUCUAAGCUAGAACGCGACAUGAAUUCCUUCAGAGCACCUUACCAGACUUACAUCAACUAGGUGAAAAAUAUAAAAUCCCACGGCUUAAUUGCAAAUUUUAAUACAAAGUGUCUUAAGUUAGUAUACAUACAGCCUCCAAUUGAGCAAUAUUAUACAAUAUGAUGUGAUAAAUCGAUAAUUCCGGCAAUGGUAUGUAAAUGACUAAUCGUUGUCUGUCCGCUGUCUAACGGACCGGGUCAUAUAUCGAUUCAACUACUCCUCGUCUUGAAGAGAGCAUACAUAUUUGAGUUAAUAACAAGGAAAAAGGGUUAUAUUUUAUGGCACGCGAGGUCCUUUCCAGAAAUGAGCUUAUUGUUUGGGUGUUUCGGGGUAUCUCAGCGGCGCUCACAAUGCUGGUAAGUGUUUUCAUUCAUUCAAGCUCUGAAUCUGUUUAAUUAUAGGAAAUAGAGUCAAAGAUUUCCGAACCCUGUCAGUCUACAAAAUACAUCAAAUGGCCUAUCAUCUCUGCAUAGACGAGCCAGACACUCCUAGGCCAGUAGAGACUACCGAAGAUGAUGUCCACCUAAUUCAUGUACAAUUCCAUGGCACUGAUCCAAAUGACUAUAAAGUUGAGUAUGAAAAGCACAAAAGCACCAUGCUGACAGAAUACCUGCGACAACGCGAUGGGCCUGACUUUCACGAAAAUCUCAUGAAGCUGACUUUUAAUACCACGCCUGCCGAAGCUGCAAAUAACCUCUGCCAAAACGUUUUGGAAAGGGGAAUAUUUUGUCGUCAGCGCCCAUACAUCUACCUCGGUCACUCGAAUGAACAGCUUGCGAAAAAAUCUUGUUACUUUAUUGCAGCAACACAUGAAGAAAUCCACGACCUCUUAUCAAAGUUUGGAGACUUUUCUGAUGAGAAAAACGUGGCAAAGCGAGCCAGCAAAAUCGCCAUGCUCUUUUCACCAUUUACCGAAACUGUACGAUUGGCUGAAAAUGAUUUCAAAGUCGAACCAGAUGUGACAAGUAGAGUUUUCCCCUCGCACACUUUCACCGAUGGAUGUGGUUUCAUGUCCUCAGAAUUCGCUUCCGAAGUGCAAGAAGUCUUAGGUCUUGAUUACCAGCCUAGCGCCGUCCACAUACGCUAUCGAGGCAUCGAGGGGAUGCUAAUUCUUAAAGAAGAUCUAAGUGGUAUUAAAGUGCAGUUCCACAAAUCAAUGCAAAAGUUCCUGGACCCUGAUGAGGAAAAGCCUGACGUUUUUAACAUCGUCAAUGUUAUCGGUUAUUCACGCCCAUUCACCAAUGGUUAUCUUAACUCACGGAUGAUCAUGUUGCUGGAAGAACGUGGUGUUUCUGCCCAGAGUCUUGAGGCCUUACAAAACGGCUACCACGAGUUGCUGGAAGGCAUAAACAAAAAAACCUCUGAGUAUUUCCUAAUGUUAAAGGGGAAGUUUCAUCUUUUGCAAGAAAUCCAAGACAACGGAAUUGACGGUAGCACAAGGGAACUUAAGCGUUUACAGAAGCGCGAGCUGGAAGAAAUGGAGGAGGCUGGGUACACAAGAGUUCUUGUCCCCAAAUCUCGCGAAGUAUUUGCCGUGUGUGAUCCUUUCAACAAGUUGAACUAUGGCGAGUGCUAUUUCAAUCCUACUGUCCGUGGUGACAAGGGAGAAGAUUUUCCUGCCGGCCAGAAGUUUGUGGUGAUGCGGAGCCAAUGUUAUCACCCAGGAGAUGUGCGUGUGUUGAAAAUGACUGACAAAAGAGAAGGGUACGAGAAUCUGAAGGAUUGUCUGGUGUUACCCGUCAAAGGCCGACACCCCCAUGCGUUUGAAUGUUUCGGAGGUGACCUUAAUGGAAAAAAAUUCUUCGUCAGCUGGGAUCAAAGCAUCCUUCCAAGUGGAAAAGAGAAACCAUGCAACUAUUCGCCCUCCGUUAAGGCUAAAAUCUUCACAGCUGCGGCUCGCUCUCGGCUGACUUUCUCCAAAGUUACCUCGAAAUUAAAGAGAACCAAUUCCAGCAAAGGAGUGGAAGACCGAAAGGAAAUGGAGCUUUAUUUUACCACAUACUCUGAUCAAAUAACCAAAGAGAUCCAACAGGCUUACAUGCAAUGUGCAAAGACAUCGGGCCUCUCAUCCCAAAAUUCUCGACACCUCUGCAAGAUGUUGUACCGAGCCACCAUCCCUGGAGAGGAUCUUCAGAAUUUGCAGAGAGAGCUCAACAGCAUGGAGCCAGAAAUACUCUCAGGAAAGAGUACAGGUCUACCUAUUGACCACGAAAUUACCGGAAAACAGUCUACAAGUCUAGCAGUAAGUUUGGAUUCAUCACUCGAUGAAGAGGAUGAUUUCGAGGAGCGGCUGUCACUCGGACGCAACACACUGUCCUCGACGACUGCAUGCGAAAGUAGCUCAGGAGAUCCCUGUCAGCGUGGUAUUAAAAUAUGGCAAAAGCUUGACGAGAGAGCUAAGGAAUUUGUUCUUCGCAUGCAGCAUGAAACGAGGAAGAGCAUCGUGUAAUUUUCAGAAUAGCCGUUUAUUUGUUUUAGUAGCGUAAUCAUUACUGAGUUGACUACACAUUAUACAUUUUCUUCUUUGCAAAACAUUUGUGAGGAAAAAAAAAGAAUGCGCUAGUAAUCGAAACUGUGAUUUUUCUGCGUGCCCUACACAGAUAUAAACUUGCUACGCUGACAUCUUUGUGGAUGGUCACGCAUACACCUUCGUUAGAUAGUCACGGAACGGUUUCUAUUCGGCUUAUUACCAUCCAACCACACAAUUAAUGUCAAAGAUAUACUAUACUUCUUUUUAUUCUAUCGUAAGUUAUUAAAGACAAUAUACAUAACAAUUUUUUGCUGGAUACUAUAACCUUCAUCGUCGAAAAAAUCGAUAAGUAAUGUCAUAUAAUGAGUGUACAAUAAAACGAGUAUUUCUGUG